UGCAAAACCCUUGCAAUGCACCUGCUAAGACUGGUACCAGUCUGCAAGUAGUGACCUGAUCCUUUCCCAUUUAGUUAGUGUGAUGUCCCAAGAAGUGCUUUGCCACAGCUGGAGGCUGCUGCAGCCAGAGGCACAGUUUGACAAGGUGCUGACCCCCAUCAUUAUGGAGAACCUUGGCUUUUUUUCUACCAAUGGGAGGAAAUCUCUGCUCAGCUGCUGAACUGAUUUGAACUCUCUAUGAUAUCGCUGGGACAGAUUGCCUCUGAGUUGCUGCACUUUCCAUUUCCUGGAGACAAAAAAAAGAAAGAUCUUUGCAAUGAGUUACCCUGGUUAUCCCCCAGCAGGUGGAUAUCCGCCAGCAGCCCCAGGUAGCAAUCCUUGGGGUGGUGCUGUUUAUCCACCUUCAAAUCCACCUCCGAUUGGUCUAGAAAACGUGGCUGGCUAUGCCAAUCAAUUCAAUCCAAGCUACAUGGCCGGGAUGGCUUCCAGUAUGGCAGGGACCUUUGGAGGGACAAACGUACCACAAGGCAUAUAUCCUUCAACACCUGGGGGUUAUCCCCCAAUCCCUCCCGGUGGCUUUGGGCAACCUCCAUCAGGACAGCAGCCCUCUUAUGGGGUGUACCCUCCACCUGGAGGAAAUCCACCAUCAGGAAUGCCGGGCCAGCCCAUGCCACCUUCAGGUCAGCAGCCUGUGAGCUAUCCAGGGCAACCGCCCGCAACUUAUCCAGGGCAGCAGCCCAUGCCAUCACCUGGACAGCAGCCAAUGCCAAGUUAUCCCGCAGGCCCAACUGUGAAUCCGUCUAUGCCCUCUUACUCGGGCUCUGCAGUGCCUGCAGUCACUCCUGGAGCAUAUGGAAACCGAGGUACAAUCACUGAUGCACCAGGAUUUGAUCCUCUGAAGGAUGCGGAAGUCUUGAGGAAGGCAAUGAAGGGGUUUGGAACUGAUGAGCAGGCGAUUAUAGAUUGUCUCGGAAGUCGUUCAAACAAACAACGACAGCAGAUCAUCUUGUCCUUCAAAACAGCUUAUGGAAAGGAUUUGAUCAAGGAUCUCAAGUCUGAGCUAUCGGGUAACUUUGAGAAGACAAUCUUGGCAAUGAUGAAGACACCUGUCCUGUUUGAUGCUUAUGAAAUCAAGGAAGCUAUAAAGGGUGUUGGCACAGAUGAGAAUUGCCUCAUUGAAAUUCUAGCUUCUCGCAGUAACGAGCAUAUUCAGGAACUCAACAGGGUCUAUAAAGCAGAAUUUAAGAAAACUCUGGAGGACGCAGUCAAAAGUGACACAUCUGGACAUUUUCAGAGGCUUUUAGUUUCACUUUCUCAGGGAAACAGAGAUGAAAGUACAACUGUUGACAUGUCUGUUGUCCAAAGAGAUGUGCAGGAGUUAUAUGCAGCCGGAGAGAGCCGUCUAGGGACUGAUGAGUCCAAAUUCAAUGCCAUUCUGUGUGCAAGAAGCAGGGCCCACCUCAGAGCAGUUUUCAGUGAAUACCAGAGGAUGUGUAACCGGGACAUUGAGAAAAGCAUAUGUCGUGAAAUGUCUGGAGACCUGGAAAGGGGCAUGCUGGCAGUAGUUAAGUGUCUCAAGAACACACCAGCUUUUUUUGCUGAAAGAUUGCACAACGCUAUGAAGGGAGCAGGAACAAAAGACAGAACUCUGAUUCGAAUCAUGGUGUCACGCAGUGAGGUUGACCUGCUGGACAUACGCACAGAAUACAAGCGGAUGUAUGGCAACUCCCUCUAUGCAGAUAUCACUGGUGAUACUUCAGGAGACUACCGGAAAAUCCUACUCAAGUUGUGUGGUGGGAAUGACUAACUGGAGCAUUGAGGGUUUUUCUGAUUUUGUUUGUUUUUAAAGCUGCUAUUUUCAUGUUUUUGCUUUAAAGUAUCCUUUUCCCUCCCCAAAAGUAGACCUAUAAAGAACUGUUUUUCCUAAAGCUAUUGCAUUUCUAAAGUUCAUUUUCCACAUCGCUUCCCUUCCACUCAAAAAUAUCAUGUAAUAAAUACCAAAGGAAAAAAAUGAAGCUUAUGUACCAUCUGUUCAAGAUUUUUUUUUAAGCACUCUAAUCAAUGAAUAACAAGUCAUUCUGCUUAUGAUAUUAUGCUGAAUUAAUACGUAUUCUGGAGCAAAAAUCAUAGUUGUAUGAUUUAAGGUUUUAUUUUGUAUUAACAUUAUGUGCCAUUUUAAUGCCAGUUUUAUAUAUGUGCACAAUGGUAGUUUUAUGCUAGUCUGCUCCCUGAUAGGUGGAGAGAACAGGCUCAAGUUUGUUUGGGGUCUAGUUAAGACUGUUUUAAAGGGGUUUUGUCAAGUUCUAUUUUGUUUGCUUGUUUGUCUAUUUUUAAGGAAGAUGUAUUCUACAUUUCAUUCUCACUAGGGCAACUGUCAUAAGGCAGUUGCCCUGACAAUAGUAAAGAUUCUCUAGUUAAUGUUUUAAGGUUUUGGAUUGUGCCUUAAAUGUAUGUAUCUAAAAGAUUACAAAAUUAAAGCUGUCUAUCUUCUAA